CUUCAGCGGCAGAAGCAGAGCACCGGUAGGUAAGGUCAGUGGCACCUGGGCCGCCCUCCUGCUUGGUGGACUUGGAAGAGAACAUCUUCAGGACAGAGGUGCCAGACGAAGCGAAUUCGGCUCUCCAAAGGGUCGUGGCUUCGAUUUGAGGAGGGCAUUCAGGACACCCUCUUAAGGUUUACUCCCAACCCAUGGCGCUGGCCGGCUCCUCACAGGCCCAGACUUGGAACCACGAAUCUCCCGCUUCAACAGCUGCUACCUCCUCGCGGGAGCCCGAGGGCACUGGAGCAUCCCCCGGGCUUCCUCUGGAGAAGGUGAAGCGGCCCUUGAAUGCGUUCAUGGUGUGGAGCUCUGUUCAGCGCCGCCAGAUGGCGCAGCAGAACCCCAAGAUGCACAACUCCGAGAUCUCGAAGCGCCUGGGCGCCCAGUGGAAGCUGCUGGACGACGACGAGAAGCGACCCUUCGUGGAGGAGGCCAAGCGACUGCGCGCUCGCCACCUGCGCGACCACCCUGACUACAAGUACCGUCCCCGACGCAAGGCCAAGAGCUCGGGCAUAGGGUCUGCCCACUUCAGCCAGGGAGGCGGGCUGGCCUGUGGGGGCCCGCACUGGGGGCCGGGAUACGCUACUCAAGGGAGCAGAGGAUUUGGCUACCAGCCCCCCAACUACUCGACAUCCUACCUGCCUGGAAGUUACAGCUCUUCCCACUGUAGACCUGAGGCCCCUCCGCUGUGCUCCCUCCCGCAGAGUGAUCCUAGGCUCCAGGGGCAGCCGCUACCCCAACUUCCCCCUUACCUACCUCAAGCCUCUUCCAGUCCACACCACACUCCCCUCACUGGUACUGCCAUGCCUUUAGCCCACCUUGAACUGGCAGGGUCAUGGCCUUCCAGAUAAGGGUUGCAUCCUCCGCUCACCCAAGUACCAAUUCCUCAGCCCCAGGCUUUGCCAGCCUUUUCCUGUAUUGCACAGAAGCCAGA